AAUAAAAUUAAAAAUUAAAAAAGUACUGAAAUUGACAAAAAGAAGCUUUUAGGUUCUAUAUAAAGUCAUACCCUUAGCAUAACUUUGGAUCUCAAACCUUUCUCUCUCCCUCUCUGUGAUCCAAUUCUUCGUCUUCUUUAUCAAAUCUCACUUUUUCAGAUUAUUCAGUAACAGAGGGAGCAGCAAACAAUGGCGAAUCGGAAUCUUGAGAAGUUGGCGUCGAUCGACGCGCAGCUUCGGCUUUUGGUUCCGGCCAAAGUGAGUGAGGAUGACAAGCUGGUUGAGUAUGAUGCUCUGCUUUUGGAUCGUUUUCUCGACAUUCUCCAAGAUUUACAUGGGGAGGAUCUCAAGGAAACUGUUCAAGAGUGUUAUGAGCUUUCUGCUGAGUAUGAAGGUCUGCAUGAUCCUAAGAAGCUAGAAGAGCUUGGAAGUGUGUUGACAAGCUUGGAUCCAGGGGACUCUAUUGUCAUUGCAAAGUCUUUCUCCCACAUGCUUAACUUGGCCAACUUGGCCGAGGAGGUCCAGAUUGCUCACCGCAGACGGAACAAGCUUAAAAAGGGAGACUUUGCUGAUGAGAACUCUGCAACAACCGAAUCAGACAUAGAAGAAACUCUCAAGAGACUUGUGGUGCAACUUAAGAAGUCUCCACAGGAAGUUUUUGAUGCUCUCAAGAACCAGACUGUAGAUCUGGUCUUGACUGCUCAUCCUACACAAUCAGUUCGUAGAUCUUUGCUUCAAAAGCAUGCAAGGAUUAGGAAUUGUUUAGCCCAAUUGUAUGCCAAAGACAUUACACCUGAUGAUAAGCAGGAGCUUGAUGAGGCACUUCAGAGGGAGAUUCAAGCUGCAUUUCGUACAGAUGAGAUCCGGAGGACCCCUCCAACUCCACAAGAUGAGAUGAGGGCAGGGAUGAGCUAUUUCCAUGAAACAAUCUGGAAGGGUGUUCCAAAGUUUCUACGCCGUGUUGACACGGCUUUGAAGAACUUAGGGAUUAAUGAACGUCUUCCUUACAAUGCCCCACUUAUUCAAUUUUCUUCUUGGAUGGGUGGUGAUCGUGAUGGUAAUCCUAGGGUGACUCCUGAGGUCACAAGAGAUGUUUGCUUAUUGGCUAGAAUGAUGGCCGCUAACUUGUACUAUUCCCAAAUUGAGGAUCUUAUGUUUGAGUUAUCUAUGUGGCGGUGCAAUGAUGAGCUUCAAAUUUGUGCAGACGAACUCCAUAGGUCAACCAAGAAAGAUGCCAAGCACUAUAUAGAGUUUUGGAAACAAAUUCCUCCAAAUGAACCCUAUCGUGUCAUUCUUGGUGAUGUGAGGGAUAGGCUUUAUCAGACCCGUGAACGCUCUCGUCAUUUGUUAGCCAAUGGGUACUCUGACAUUCCAGAGGAUGCAACUUUCACCAAUGUUGAGCAGUUCUUGGAACCUCUUGAACUAUGUUACAGAUCACUCUGCGCAUGUGGUGACCGAGCGAUUGCUGAUGGAAGCCUUCUUGAUUUCUUGCGGCAAGUGUCAACUUUUGGACUAUCACUUGUGAGACUCGAUAUUAGGCAAGAGUCUGACCGCCAUACUGAUGUCUUGGAUGCCAUUACAAAGCACUUGGAAAUUGGUUCCUACCGAGAGUGGUCUGAAGAACGUCGACAGGAAUGGCUUUUAUCUGAACUCAGCGGCAAGCGCCCACUGUUUGGACCUGAUCUUCCUAAAACUGAAGAAAUUAGUGAUGUUUUGGACACAUUUCAUGUCAUAGCUGAACUUCCAUCAGACAACUUUGGAGCAUACAUCAUUUCAAUGGCAACUGCACCGUCUGAUGUGCUUGCCGUUGAGCUCCUGCAACGUGAAUGCCAUGUGAAGCUACCAUUAAGAGUUGUUCCACUGUUUGAGAAACUUGAUGACUUGGAAGCUGCUCCUGCUGCUUUAGCUCGGCUAUUCUCAGUAGAUUGGUACAGAAAUCGGAUUAAUGGAAAGCAAGAAGUUAUGAUUGGGUAUUCAGAUUCUGGUAAAGAUGCUGGAAGGUUUUCUGCAGCCUGGCAGUUAUACAAGGCUCAAGAGGAGCUUAUAAAGGUUGCUAAGCAAUACGGUGUGAAGCUAACUAUGUUCCAUGGUCGUGGUGGGACCGUUGGAAGAGGAGGCGGCCCCACCCAUCUUGCCAUAUUGUCUCAACCUCCGGAAACAAUUCAUGGAUCACUCCGUGUUACUGUUCAAGGUGAAGUUAUAGAGCAAUCAUUUGGGGAGGAGCACUUGUGUUUCAGAACACUCCAGCGUUUCACAGCUGCUACUCUGGAGCAUGGUAUGCAUCCCCCUGUUUCACCAAAACCGGAAUGGCGUGCAUUGAUGGAUGAAAUGGCUGUCAUUGCUACAGAGGAAUAUCGUUCCAUUGUUUUCAAAGAACCCCGAUUUGUUGAAUAUUUCCGACUUGCUACACCAGAGUUGGAAUAUGGUCGGAUGAACAUUGGAAGCCGCCCAUCAAAGCGAAAGCCAAGUGGGGGCAUUGAAUCACUCCGUGCAAUCCCAUGGAUCUUUGCCUGGACACAAACAAGGUUUCAUCUACCAGUGUGGCUAGGCUUUGGAGCGGCAUUCAAGCAGGUCAUUCAGAAGGACAUUAGGAAUCUGCAUAUGCUGCAGGAGAUGUACAAUGCAUGGCCUUUCUUUAGGGUCACCAUUGAUUUGGUUGAAAUGGUGUUCGCCAAGGGAGACCCAGGAAUUGCUGCUUUGUAUGACAAGCUCCUUGUAUCAGAAGAAUUGUGGUCAUUUGGAGAGAGAUUGAGGACCAAUUAUGAACAAACUAAGAGCCUUCUCCUGCAGAUUGCCGGACACAAGGAUCUUCUUGAAGGGGACCCACACUUGAAGCAAAGACUCCGCCUGCGUGAUUCCUACAUUACUACCCUGAAUGUUUGCCAAGCCUACACAUUGAAGAGAAUAAGGGAUCAAAACUACCAUGUGAAGGUGCGGCCACACAUCUCCAAGGACUUUAUUGAAGUAAGCAAACCAGCAGAUGAACUUGUGAAGCUGAACCCAACAAGUGACUAUGCCCCUGGUUUGGAGGAUACCCUCAUCUUGACCAUGAAGGGUAUUGCUGCAGGCUUGCAGAACACCGGUUAGAGUUGCGCUAUUCUCUGUUCACUUUUUGCUGCCUUCCUACAGAGAAUUUUCCCCCAAAAAACCAUAAAUUAUAUGCACCAGAAGUGGAUGCUGUUUUAUUAUCCACGUCAAGGUCAUAAUUUGGCUUCGGCCUAAAUAUUAAUUGCUGUGCUUGGUACCACUAAAGCCAGCAGUGUUAUUGUCGCCAUAUAAGAGUUGAACUUGAUGGAGCUUUAUAUGCUCGUCCACGGAAUAUUCUGUGAGCAUUGUAUUUGAAGACCUGUGUUUUCUGGUUCUUGUAUUUCUAUCUGAGACACUGACCUGUCUUAAUCCAUCAAUUCCUAUUUAUGGGUAAUAGAAUAAGAUGUGAAAAAUAAAUUAGUGGAUGCGCAAUCAGUAGCAUUACUAUUCUGUAAAAGUUGCUGGCUUAUGAGUGGAGUUUAUAACAGGCUUUUGUGUUAGAAUCUCA